GUUAAAUAUGCUCACUUCUAAAUACUUAGAGAGAGAUGUUUGGUCUCAAAUGAAGACCUUGACUCAUCGCUACCACUCCAACCCCCUUUCGGGCUCCAACCACAGCUCUGUGGAAUCCAAGCAACACUAACCACACUAAGCAACGCUGGCAGACAGACAGACUGACACAGGACAGUUCAAAGAGACGGACGGAGAAUGGGUAUCUGAGUUCGGUGGUGAAGACUGUGAGUGUGUGAGACAGAACUGAUAGGACCGCCGGGCGGAUGGCGGGGCGACGGGCUGUGGCCGGGAUCGGGCCCGGGGCGCUGCUGGCUCUGCGUGUUCUACUGGCCGCCGCACACCCGCAGUGCCUGGACUUCAGGCCGCCCUUCCGGCCGCCGCAGCCGCUGAGCUUCUGCGUGCAGUACUCCUCCUUCGGCUGCUGCACCGCGGAGCAGGACGCGGAGCUGGCCCGGCGCUUCCGGGCCCUGGAGACCCGCUUGGACGCCGGGGUGUGGGCGACGUGUGCCGGCUACGCGCUGGAUCUGCUGUGCCAGGAAUGCUCACCCUAUGCAGCCCACCUCUAUGAUGCCGAGGACCCGGCCACCCCGCUGCGGACAGUGCCCGGCCUAUGCGAGGAUUAUUGCCUGGACAUGUGGCAGACCUGCCGAGGCCUCUUUCGACACCUCUCCCCUGACCGUGAGCUCUGGGCCCUGGAGAACCACAGGGCCAAGUUGUGCCGCUACCUGUCCCUAGAUGACACCGAUUACUGUUUCCCAAGCCUGCUUGUCAACGAGAACCUGAACUCAAACCUGGGCCGUGUGGUGGCUGAUGCCAAAGGCUGCCUGCAGCUGUGUCUGGAGGAGGUGGCCAAUGGGCUUCGCAACCCUGUUGCCAUGGUACACGCUGGGGAUGGCAGCCACCGCUUCUUCGUGGCAGAGCAGGUGGGGCUGGUGUGGGCCUACCUGCCUGACCGCUCUCGCCUGGAGAAGCCCUUCCUGAAUGUGAGCCAAGCAGUGCUUACGUCACCCUGGGAAGGGGAUGAGCGGGGCUUCCUGGGCCUCGCCUUCCACCCCCACUUCCCACAUCCCAGCAAGCUCUAUGUCUACUACUCUGUGGGGGUCGGCUUCCGAGAGUGGAUCCGCAUCAGCGAGUUCAGAGUCUCAGAGGAUGAUGCGAACACCGUGGAUCAUGGCUCAGAGAGGAUAAUCCUGGAGAUUGAAGAACCAGCUGCCAAUCACAAUGGGGGCCAACUGCUCUUUGGGGACGACGGCUACCUCUACAUCUUUACCGGAGAUGGCGGGAUGGCCGGAGACCCCUUUGGGACGUUUGGAAAUGCGCAAAACAAGUCGGCGCUGCUGGGCAAGGUGCUGCGCAUCGACGUGGACCGCAAGGAGCGCGGCCUCCUCUACGGUAUCCCGCCCGACAACCCGUUUGUGGACGACCCCGGAGCGCGGCCCGAGGUCUACGCCCUGGGCGUGCGCAACAUGUGGCGCUGCUCCUUCGACCGCGGAGACCCGGUGUCAGGCACGGGCCGUGGCCGCCUGUUCUGCGGGGACGUGGGCCAGAACAAGUACGAGGAGGUGGACCUGGUGGAGCGGGGCCGCAACUACGGCUGGCGUGCUCGCGAGGGCUUCGAGUGCUACGACCGCAAGCUGUGUGCCAACGCCUCCCUCGAUGAUGUGCUGCCGAUUUUCGCCUACCCUCACAAGCUGGGCAAAUCAGUCACUGGGGGCUACGUGUACCGGGGCUGCGAAUACCCCAACCUCAAUGGCCUCUACAUUUUCGGUGAUUUCAUGAGCGGGCGACUGAUGUCCCUCCGAGAGAACCCAGAGACAGGCCAGUGGAAGUACAAUGAGGUCUGCAUGGGCCGUGGACAGACAUGUGCUUUCCCAGGCCUCAUAAACAACUACUAUCCAUAUAUCAUCUCCUUUGCAGAGGAUGAGGCUGGGGAGCUGUACUUCAUGUCCACGGGCGUACCCAGUGCCACUGCUGCGCGAGGAGUCAUCUACAAAGUGAUAGACCCCUCCAGACGGGCACCUCCAGGGAAGUGUAAGAUACACCCUGCUCAGGUGAAGGUGAAGAGCCGCCUCAUCUCCUUUGUGCCCAAGGAAAAGUUCAUUCGGACGCCAGAGAGCAUUCCUCGCCCCACGGCCCGCGCCCCCACCAAGGCGCCCCGCCGCAGGCGCCCCACGGCCGCUGCCCCUGCGCCUACUAUACGGCCCACAAAGCCCGCACGGCCCAGCCGGAGACCAGGGGGCCGGAAGGGAGGCGGGCGACGCCGGGGACGUCCGAGCACGCAGUCUGCGCCCCAGAACGGCUCCGUGCGCCUGGUACGACCCGCUGGCCUGAGCCCCGGCCGCGGGCGGGUCGAAGUGUUCGUAGGAGGACACUGGGGUACAGUGUGUGACGACGCCUGGGACACCAAGGCGGCUGCUGUGGUGUGUCGCCAGCUGGGCUUCGCGCACGCCGUGCGAGCCGCCAAGCGUGCGGAGUUCGGCGAGGGCCGCUCACUACCGAUUUUGCUGGACGACGUGCGCUGCACGGGCAGCGAACGCAACCUGCUGGAGUGCGCGCACGCUGGCGUGGGCACGCAUAAUUGCAAGCACGAAGAGGAUGCUGGCGUCGAGUGCAGCCACCAAGACCCGGACCUGUAGGGGCCCCUUCGGCUUGCGGGCACGCCAUGAGGUGGUUCAUCUGCACGUGACCUCUGUGUCCCCGUGGUGUGUGUGUGUGUGUGUGUGUGUGUGUGUGUGUGUGUGUGUGUGUGUGUGUGUGUGUGUGUGUGUAAGAUCUCUUACCUCUCAGCACUUCAGAGAGAGAGGGCGGUGACUCUUCAGGAACUGCACCGGGUGGGGGAGGCUGGCUGUCUUCACAGUGUGAGACUGAGGGCCAGGGCCGAGUGACAGGCUCCAGACCAGCAGGAGCAUGGUCUGAGAAACACGGUCAGAGUGUGGGCAGGUGACCCAGCAGUCCGAGGCACCGCAGAAAAAGAACAGGCUGUCUGAGAGCCACAGAGAAGGAUCUUAUAGGGUCAGGGGGCCUGUGGCCAUUUGCAGCCCAUCAGGGAUCAGGCUGCUGAGAGGAAUCAAGCGCCCAUGAGGGAAGGCAGACCAGAGGGCCUGGAGGACCUCCAAGGCCACUUUCUGCGCCCUGCAAGCACCCUGGAGAGGCUCCUGGGUCCCCUCCGUCCCUGAAGCCUGACCCUCACCUAUUCCUGAGACAGAAGUACCCCUAGGCUACCACUCAGUCCCUUCAGCCUCUGGGCUCCAGCUGGGGACGGGGGGGGGGGUGGGGGCUCGGAUUCUCAGCUUCCUGGGGCCCAUCUAUGGGCUGAGAAGCCUGCAGGACCUCAAGACGACUGUGUCACGGCUGUGUCAACAAAUGGACUGUUUGCAAUCCUUCCCUCCCUCCUCUUAUCACCCACCACACACCUGGAAGCUGGGAUGCAAGGUGAAGGGGCAGAGGAAAGGGGGUGGGGCCUGCAGCUCCCCUCCCACUCUGUGGGAAGAGAGUUCCUUGCCCAUGGAAGGCCUCACCGGUGGCUCUGUGCCUGGCCCCUGGAAGGGGCUCAGGAUAGCUGUAACUUAGCUUCAGAUAGGGGUGGAUCUAGGGAAACAAAUGAGUCACCAGGCAGGGAGGACAGGAUGUAGCCAUUCCUGACUGAGUUCCGAUCUGAACAGGCCUGGGUGGUGUUCCAGGCGGAGGAACUGGUGCAGACUCGACUUCUGCUCCUGUUCCUUGCAGUUGAGAGGAUCACUGCUGAGAGGGAGUUGGAGGGUCCCCCUGGCUGCUCUGCAGCUCUGCAUGCUGGUGGUUCUCUGAAAUCAAUCAAUAAGGAAGAGGGAUGCAGCGUGUCUACCGCGUCUACCGUCGGUUCUGUUAUUGAUAGGAGGGAGGAGCUUGGGCGUGGAGGACAGUAAGCUGAGCAGGUGCACUUGGUGAGUCAGGAUUAGCUGAGAAGGUUCUUUUAACCUUCAACUCCCAAGUCACCUGUGUCCACCUCUUUCGUUUUUGGUUUGUUUGCUUUGGUUUUUUUGAGACAGGGUUUCUCCAUGUAGCCCUGGCUGUCCUGGAACUUA